GAUCCUCAGAGUAAGACGUGCUUGAGUUUUCCCCGGAACACCCCAGGUGUUCUAAAAGUCAGCAGACUCUCAGUGAGAUUUACUCCUGAGAAGAUAUGCUUAGGAUCGGAUCCUCGAACACAAACCUAGUAAAUAUACGAUUGAAAGAAAUUUAACCGAAGUCAGCUUCCCAGAAAAUAUAUGUAUGACCAGACUAGAAAAGGCUCCCGUUCACUUAAAUGGGCUCCUUCCCCAGGUUCCACCUGAAUUCUAUAUUAACACUCAAAUCCAAAUCUCAGCACCUUGAGCAGCUGCCGGGGAUGCCCUAGCCACGAUCCUCGGCUGCAAAAGCCGCCACCUCCUCAGUGCCAUCACGCCGGGAGAAGCACACGCUACAGGGCACAGGGCAGCACCAUUUUUACAAAGGGAAGCUCGGAGCUUCAGCUCUACCCCUUAUCUCUAUCUAUAUGCAAACCAUAGGAAAGAAAACCCGUUUCCGCCCCGGGGGCGGGGGCAAGGCACUGCCACAAGUUUGUAACCCUACUUCUGAUUGGUCAAUUCAAGGAAAUCCACCCGCUUUCCUCCAUAGAAAGGUCCUAUAAACGAACAGCGCAUAGAGUUGUACGGCUAGAUGUUGGGUCCACAGACCCAUAGCUUUCCGAGAGUGUAGAUGGGACCGUAGUUUUCGAAAUGAGAGACUUGAUAUAUUCAAAGACUUCCCUCUUCCGGAUUGGAACUGAGAUCCGCCAGCAAAAAUAAAAUAUCCCCUAUAUCUCUUGUUGGACAUGCAACUGCGCAGCGCUUUCAGCAUGUAAAAGGAAUGCAAGGCCUCUGCAAUCAACUGACGCAGAAUUUGGGUUGGAAGAGGAGUUUGCAGGAGGGCAGUUUAUGCAGUUUUACCACUGCUACAGCCCAGCGGCGUUUUGCACGGAGGAUUUGGAAAGGAAUCUAAAUCAGUCUCAUAAACUCAUCUCUAACCUGCGAUAUUUCAAUCUUAGUUCCCUUAACCUACAAGAAUGGACUAUAUUGGCAUUGGACUUUGCAUGCCUUAAAUGCUUAGAAACGGAGCGGGGAAUACACGAAAUAAGAUCUGAAUUUAAGAGAGUGGGAACGACUUUUUGGGACUUGGGUUCCGUAUAGGAGCCACUGAAAACCUCUCCUUCUCCUUUUCACAGCUGAAAUUGGCUUUUCCACCGAAAACCCAGAAUUCGCCUCUACAAUGGGAUUUCCCUCUACAUUUUCUUUUAUCUUGUCCGUAGAGUCGAUCGAGGCUCACAGAGAGAACAGUGCGCUCAUAUCCGGCGCAGCCUUUAUUACGUAGCAGUAGCGGUCCGGCGCUUUUUCUUACGUCUUCGAUUUCAACACCAACCCCCUGUAGCUUGAUUUUGUCAAUCCAAAGUGCGCUUGCGCACUACGGCUCUGAUUUUUCUGCCGUUUGUGAAAGGGUGCGGGGGGGGGGGCGCUUGCCGGAAUGAAUUCAUGAGAUUAAUUUCUGAACUGUACAAUAAUAAAUAUAUAUAAUAAUUCAUUGGAAUAUCACUAGCUUUCCCCAACAUGACAAGCUGAGGGGCGUCUCAAGCAAAAGUGGCUUCAAAAUGGUUGGGAAAGGCGCUGAUGAGACUUUUCCAAAGGCGCUUAUUCAACCUGGGGAAUUCUCCUCACGCGAGCAUCCCCGGAUCCCAGCCACUUUCUAGAAUCUUCUAGAACACAUAUAACCGCCUCACUUGUUGCUACGCAACAGGAAAGACACGCUCGUUUGCGGCGCAAGGUCCAAUCACCAUCCAAAACUCAAAAGACAGGCCUGAGUAAACUUGUGCCCCGCGUUUUGAUUGGUUCAUCUCUUACGCCCUUCCGGCGAAGAUGACGCUAGGAGCCUCCCAACGACCGCCGCCUUGAGGGGCGGGCUUACCCAGGAAGCCUUGCGCCGCGAGGUCUGCAGUGCUGCACGCGCGUUGCCGCCUCGCUCUCUUUGUUCGUCAAGAUGGCGUUCGACGGGCCUUUGGCGGUUUUCGGAGAGCGGGGCACCGGCGAGCAUGUCCGCACGCAGAACGGUAAAAAUAAACGAAAGAAGGAAUGGUCAUCAAUUUCAUCGGGGCCUUCCGAAACCCUCUCAGGAGGCUAACGGUGGCUUCGCCUCCGCUAGGGCUGAUGGGGCGGGCGCGCGUGUGAGGCGGAACCGGCUUCCCUGCGCUUAACGGGCGCGCAGAGAACGGGCGGCCUUUGGCCAAGGCGGCGAACGUUGAGCUGACCCACAGGCAUCCCUUUCCUGAGCCUCUAGAGAGGGGGAGGGAUCUAUCGGGAGGAUCAAACUGAGAGCCACUUGUUCAAGUCUUUUUUCUUCUCGCCACGCCUCGGGUCUCGCGUUCGUGAAAUAAUUCGCUUUUUCCAUGUGCGAUGGAGCCGCUCCUUUUCCGUCAGCCUCCGCGAGAAUUGGCGGCUCGGUGGCGGGGGGCGCAGUUCGCUUCCUUAUAUGGCAGGGCUCGCUUCCGAAGCUUGUCUCUUUGGUCAACCACAUUGCUAAGCCCGAUUUGGAGGCAUUGAGGAUUUAUGAGAAACCAUGCCGUGAUAUCGGCAGCCCACUCCUAUUCCGGUAGGAAAUGUAACCGAUUGAAAAAAUAGGUUUCAGGAAUUUCAAAGCAGAACCACAAAAAGAAUAAUUAUUGAUGCUAAUUUGUAAUUAAAACAUUAAAUUGGGAUGUAAUUUUCAAUUUCACAUGGCUCCAUAGGUUAAAAAUUCUGUCAGAGUGUAACGCACACGAGAGAAUCUUAACCUAUCAGUUGACCUAAUUCGAUUAGUUCAAAAUAAUGUCAUUUAAAAUCUGUACUAGUGUUAUCUUGCAAGAUAACGUUGAAACCACAUUUUCUUUUAAGAAGUGCUAUAAUCAUAAACUGCUGAAUAGGUUAUUAUUUUAAAAAUCACUGGUGACUAGAUUUAGGCUAGUGAAUAUAGAUUUGUUUUAAGCUAAAAGUUACCUGUGUUUUUCUCAUUUUACAUGGAAUCCCAAGUAGUGGUAGAUCUUGUAACAAGUAGAGGGGAACUUAAAAAUCCUGAUCAGCAUUGUCUUUCCCCUUCCCCAUUGAGAUCUUGCAUAGAUAUGUUUAUGCUGGCAUUUGGUUUAUCUGUGGUGAGAGGUUGCAUUUUAAUCUUUAAUACAAGUUCUGUUGGUUUUAAAAACACAUUUGAGCCUUAUUGUCCAUAUUUAUAACAUUAUAAACUGCAUUUAAUCUAUUGAAUUAAAAUAUAUAGCUAUUUCCCCAAGCUCAGGUACAAGUUUAUUUAGAAUCUGUGCUCGGAUAGGAGUUGGACCCUUCCCAUUCUACUGCCACUUAUUUGCAUUACCAAAUAAGAGGUUAUGCUUAUGGGAUAAAGAAAAGCCUGCCAUAGUCUAAAGGAGAAGAAUGAACACUGUCUUCCUCCUAUAUUAAAUGGCAGAACAUAGUACAGUAUUACAAAGACAGCAAAUGUACUUCAUUGCUUUUGGACUGGUUCAGCUGUGCACAUGGGGCUGAGAACAUUUAGACACACUGUGCAUGGAACUGUUAUAAUGGAUCUGUGCUUACACUAGAAAAUGCCUAUUACAAACUCUGCUUGUGUGGUCCAUUCCUUGUGAAAAACUGGAUGGAUUGUGUACAUUGAGGUACAGUAUUAUUAUAGAUAAAUACUAAACAAAGUGGUAAGUUUGGUUUUCUUAACCAGAAUUAACUACUUUUCUAAAAGGAUUUGAUUUAAAUAAGUGUAUAUAUGGCAGCAUCUGUAUCACGUAACCUAUUGUUUUUUAAAAAAACGACGCUAUUUGAGAGGAAAAUGUAUCUGUUUUUCUGAACAGUUAUGGCUGCUGCUUCCAUUGCCAAUAUUGUGAAGAGUUCUCUUGGCCCAGUUGGUUUGGAUAAAAUGUUGGUGGAUGACAUUGGUGUAAGUAGACACUAUUUUCUAUGAGUAAAUUUUAAGAGAAAAGUGCACUGUGCAACCAAGAUACGUCUUUCAGUAAGUCUAUAAAAUUAUCCUGAAUUAAACAUGUUUUUUAAUGUGUUUCAGUGUUCAAAAUUCACCAGGCACAUUUUGUACCUGGCUAUUGGCUACUUAAGACCAAGUAAAGAUGGUUGGGCACCAGAAUAAUAAUAAUAAUAAUAAUAAUAAUAAUAAUAUAAUAUAAUAUAAUAUAUGGAGGUGCGUGCCUGGGGAUCAUUGCAUCUGGACCAUUUUCACACACUUACUACCCCAUUCUGUAGAAUUUUAUCAGUUAUAUUUUAUCUGCACAAUCAGAAUUAAUUUCAGGAACCAAAGUGCUUUUUCUGUGCAGCUUGAGCAGGAGCAGUGAACAACAUCAUGGUUAAUUGUUGUAGCUUGUCUUCACUUCCCCCACCCCACUGCCCUACUCUCAGUUGCGAAGAAUAUUCUUACAUUAUGAAUGGUCAUUACUGUACUCAAAUAAUUUCCAUAACUUGUUGGUCACAAGGGUUUGGCUUAAAACAGAAGUGUGUAAAUAUACAUGCUAAUUCAGUUAUCCAUUCUCAGCAGCCUUGCAAAAUAUGGGCAAAAUGUCCCUUUAAUGGGCACUUAAUUAAGACUUGUUGGACUUUGGCUCAUCGUAGUCAGAGUAAAAAGCAACCAGUCUCCAUCCUCACUUUGAAGCUGAAAGGGGUGGGUGGUGAUUUUCCCAGCAGCUUCAUAGUUAUCCCUGUCCUCUUCUCAGCUCCAACACUGAAAGGAAAGCUGGAGGUUAUUUGGUAGCUGUAUGUCCAGAGUGUGCAGAACCAAACCAGUAAGCUCACCAGCUGUUCCUUCUCUGAAGCAGAAAAAUAAGGCGGAGUCUUGCUUGGUUGCUGCUUGGUAAAACCUGCAGCAAAAAACAGACUGCUUAGUGCUGGUACUGUAUGUUGAGGGUCAGCCCUCCCAGCUCCCAGCCUGUCCUUACCUCAGGAAAAUCGGAUGGGGGGGCCCUUCCUUGGCUGAUGUUGGGCAGAGGAACUUGGCAGCCACAUUUUCUGACAGCUAGAAAUGUUAGCCCAAAACUAGGGACCCCUGAGCAAGUCCCUAGCGACCCUUAAGCAGUUCUUUAUGAUUAUUUGCAUAUUUUUCCUAUUAUAUUUCAUAAUUAUGAUUAAUGUUAAGUAACAGUCGUUUGUUUAUUUAUUUAUUUGUGUGUCUGGAAUAUUAGGAUGUGACCAUUACGAAUGAUGGUGCAACUAUUUUGAAAUUGCUGGAGGUAGAGCAUCCUGCGGCAAAAGUUCUGUGUGAACUGGCAGAACUACAAGACAAAGAAGUUGGAGAUGGGACCACCUCUGUGGUAUGUGUAUGUUUGUAGAUUCAUGUGCACUGGAAAAGGGCUGGGAGCACAAUACUGUUCUGUGCUGUCCCACUCAGGUCUGCUUUGAAAUCUAAGCAGCAAUAUAUAUGAUUUAUUUUAGAUACAUAAUAAAUUAACCUGCUGUAUUGAUGUUUUAAAAAUACUGCAACCACUUAAUGUUAGGCUUGCUAUGUCCAUUUAUUCCUUAGCCUAGUUUAUGAAAGCCUGUUUCACAUAAAGUAUUAUUCAUUUAUUGUUGUUGAAACAAAGUAUGCUCAAUCAACUUGUCAAGCCAAAAUACCAUAAUUAACACAGACUUGAUAAACAGUUUAAAAAUUACAUACUCCAGCUUAAUGUGUUUGAAUUAGAACUAUAAUAAUUUAUUAUUUAUACUCUGCCCAUCUGGCUGGGUUUCCCCAGCCACUCUAGGCGGCUCCCAACAGAAAAUUAAAAACACGCUAAAACAGGGGUAGGCAACCUAAGGCCCGGGGGCCAGAUGUGGCCCAAUCGCCUUCUCAGUCCGGUCCACGGGUGGUCCGGGAAUCAGCGUGUUUUUACAUGAGUAGAAUGUGUGCUUUUAUUUAAUAUGCAUCUCUGGGUUAUUUGUGGGGCAUAGGAAUUCAUUCAUUAUUAUUUUUGUCAAAAUAUAGUCCAGCCCACCACAUGGUCUGAGGGACCGUGGACCGGCCCACAGCUGGAAAAGGUUGCUGACCCCUGUGCUAAAACAUCAAACAUUAAAAACUUCCUCAACAGGGUUGCCUUCAGAUGUCUUCUAAAAGUCAGUUGUUUAUAGCCUUGACAUCUGAUGGGAGGGCGUUCCACAGGGCAGGUGCCACUACUGAGAAGGCCCUCUGCCUGGUUCCCUGUAACCUCACUUUUUGCAGAGAGGGAACUGCCAGAAGGCCCUCGGGCUGAACGAUGGGGGUGGAGAUGCUCCUAUAAAAGAUCUUGGGCUGUAUCUAAUGUUGUACUAGCAAGGUUCCACUGGUGCAGUAGCACUUAGGUUUCCUUUCUUCCUCCCCUCUUGCACCUCUGGAAUCUACUCUGGAAGGUCCUCCAAUUCUAUAGAGUUGAUUUUGAGGGCACACGGCAGGCUAGAGGGAUACGAGAUGAAGACCAGUUGCGCACACAGACAUCCCUAGUGCCAGAGGAGCUGCAGCAUUAGAUAUGGCCCAUUCUCCCAUGAAUUAUCUUAGCCCACUUAGAAGGCUACCUGUGUUUACUGUUAUAACUGGAGGGAAAGUCUUCCCAUUUGACUACCACUUAUUUGCAUUACAAAAUAAGUGGCUAUGCUUAUGGGAUAAAUAAAUGACUGCCAAAGGUCUGAAGGAGAAUAUGGACAAUGUAUUCAUCCUAUAUGAAAUGGCAGUACAUACUCUCAAUUAAUUAUUCUGGGCAUGCUUAUAGUUUGGAUUCAAAGAAAACACGCCUGUUACACUUUACUGUCAGAAGUAUUAUUCUUUCUUGCAAGUUCAUGUAAGGGGGUGGUGCAAUUAAAAGAUGGAGUAACUUGAGGCAGAAGAAUAAAGUUUUUGGGACUGCAUUGGCUAUUCUGAAUGACAGGCUGGCAUCAGUACAGCAUAGGGAUGAGUAUACUCUCUUCUGUACUCUGAAAUACGCUUAUUCGUUUUUUCUUCAUCGUGCACACAGUGAUUUACACAAAGAACUCGGUAACCUCUCACAUUAACAUGAGAACAAACCUUAGUUUUUAUCUGUCUGCUUUGGCAGUAGCCAGAAGUAACCACCUACAAAGGAAACAAAAUGGGGCCAUCAUUUCCCCAUCCCCCAGCAAGCAAAAGUAGCAACUUCCUUUUCGGAAUAUUUGCCUGGGAAAGCACUGCAGUUGUUAAAGUCUGCCCCAGCAACAGAACCAACAAAUACAAUUCUUAGACCAUAUUUGGAUUCCAUUUCUGUAGCCAGGUUUAAAUGCCUUUGGGACAACCCAUGUUCCACUUCUGACUUCUUUGGUUAUUACUGAUAGAGUACUAGAACUGUGUCAAAAUCGGAGGGGAAGCAAAUGAAUAAUGCUGUGCAUUAAGAGCCUUCUGUUUCUUCACCCAGUUUCUGGUCCUGCUUGCCACAAGACAACAGGCAUAUACUGAGCUAUGUUUAUCCGUGUAUCAUAAUCUACAGGCCCUUUUUUUUUUUAACUUCUUACCAUGUCACUUCCACCUAGCCAAGGCUGGUUGGGGAUCAGGUUUUAGGACACAUACACGUGGUUCUUAAGGAGCAGACAUCUGACAGGAUAUGUCUCCCUUACACAGACACUAGGUAUUCUCAAGUGCUUAUCUUUUGAAGAGGAAGACAUUGCAGCCAUGGACUUGGGGUGAGAACUCAGUUCCCAAGCUAUGAGAGGAAAUGGGCCCCAUACAGCAAAAGCUGCUGCUGUUUGCAAUGGUGGACAGGAUAAGCUAGGGCAACUGUGCCAGGCCAGCGCCAAAUCCUCUUAAGCCAUGGAAUCUUGGAAAAAGUAGAAAGGAUGUGAAAUUUAAUUUAAUGGUCCCUCCAGGGCCAGCAAGAAGACCUGCAAAUGAUACCUUCUAUCUGCUAAAGAGAAUGAACUUGUCACAUUAAGACCAUCAUUCUGUUUUCAUUAAGCUCAUGCUUUGACUAUGCUGUAAUUUUUUCACAGAAUAGCUUGCAUAUUGUUAAAUUGUGUCUCUGUUAUUUCUAACAGGUGAUCAUUGCUGCAGAACUUUUGAAAAAUGCAGAUGAGUUGGUUAAACAGAAAAUUCAUCCCACUUCUGUCAUUAGCGGAUAUCGUCUUGCUUGCAAGUAAGAAAACUGUUCAGUGGUGAAAUCUACUGCUGAGCAAUUUCAACCUUCCCUGUUAAAGUUUUAUUGAAUCUUAAGAUUUUUAUUUUAGGGCAGCGUGUUAUUUUGCCUCAGUGACAGCACAUUUAACGGCCCCAGCCAUCACAAGAAAGGUGGAUGGCAAGUAGGGAAAGAGCACUGGUGUUAUGCUGCACGUGGAAUGUCCUUUGUAGGGAGGCUCAGCUGGCUCUCACUUUGCUAUCCUUUUGACACCAGGCAAAGACUUAUUUUAUGUAGGGUUUUUAACAUACUGACAGGCCAAUCAUAUAUGCAAUUUAUGCUGAAGGUAAGGAGAGAGACAUUGGCAGAACAGCUGCCGUAGGCUUUAUGUGUCAGUAUUUGCUAACCUGAUGCUUUCCAGGUGUAUUGGACGAAGUCCCAUCUGUGUGUGUGUGUGUGUGUGUGCUGUCUAGGUGUACCCAGGACUGAUUCAAAUGUCCUCUUCAUUUCACAAGCCUGCAGGACCACGUUUUUGUCUUUAAUCGCUAUCGGAGCAGCAAGUAUGAUAGAGGUUGUUGCACCUGCAGAAGGAGAUUUGAGAUGAUCAGCCUCCUUUUGCAGAUGUAUGAGAUCCAUUCUGUCUGUGACCCUCACACACCCUCUAAGCCACCAUAGGAUGGCAGUCUUAAGUUGCUGUGAUUAAGCUCAUUGAUUCAGGUUGUAUUUUAUUCUUUGCUGGGUUCAUCUUGGUUGUUUUAUAUGUUGCGUAGUAUUUUAAAACUCUUUCAUAAGCUAUCCUUGGAAUGAUGGCUGGCCAUUGAAGGAAAUAACUCAUUUUCAGCAUUUAUUCCAUUUUUAAAGAGAUGAAAUUACUGUUAAUGUUAUAAUUUCUGUAAGUAGUCAAAGCAUUGAGAACAUUAAAAUUAAAUCAUAACUAGCUUGUAAAAAUUGUGCUUUUAUUCAACAGGGAGGCAGUUCGAUACAUCAAUGAGAACCUUGUUAUUAACUCAGAUGAGCUGGGCAGGGACUGCCUUAUUAAUGCAGCUAAAACAUCAAUGUCCUCCAAAAUCAUUGGAAUGUAUCCUUUCAGUUUGUGGAAGCAAAGUAUUGAGUGCUACCUUGAAGAGAAAAAUAGCAAUUUUUCUUAGAUAUUGUAGCCUUAUUAGACUUUACCAAUUGGUGGGCUCUGCGUUGCUCCCGGACGGGAGGAAGGAAGUCAAAUGACACUGAGGGUUGGUUCAGAGAAAGAGUUCUUUAUUUCUGCUCUCCGGAGCAGCAGAAAGGCACUUGCGUGGUCAGUCCACAGCAAGUCCAAAGAAAUGAGAGAUUUCAUGCAGUAUAUAUAUCCUCCAGGCACCCACUUCCCCAGGAAUCGAGGCAUGUCAGCUUGUACACGCAGGUUGACAUCACAGAUGUUCCUGCUCUGGUACUCUUAACCAUAGAAGGGUUUUCCUUCCUGUACUUCUGACCAUAAAAGGAUAUUCCUGUUCCUAUACUCUUGUCUUGGAGCAAGAGGUCACCAACUCCAAGAACACACUCUGGCGCUGUUCCUGGACUAGGUCUGUGCGUCAGAGUGUGGUAAGAUAAGACCCAGACAUGUCAUCCCUACUCCACUGGAACAGCCAAGGUCAUCCAUUGCUGUGACUGAUAAAGGAGAGAGCUGUGUUCUUGUUAUGCAUUUUGCUCAACAGCUCAAGUUGACGCGUUUUAGAAAUGCUUCCUUGGAGAAAGAAGAAAGGGGGGGUCCGUUUCAAACUGACUACACAGAAACCCAUUCCUUCAAUAUGUAGUGGGGGAGGUAUAAAGGCAUGGUCUAAUCCUGAUUGGCAUUCCUUUAAGAAUGUCUUUCCAGAGAACUUGCAUAUGUAUAAUGACUUUAGUCUUAGCUACUAUGAAACCCUCUUGGAUAUUUAUAAUGUCUUUUUAAUCUGAGAUGUGCAGUAAAUUUAAUAGAUGCUCAACUGCUCCUAUUCUCCUUAACGGUUUUCUUAUAGUGACAGUGACUUCUUUGCCAACAUGGUAGUGGAUGCUGCACUUGCAGUAAAAUACACAGAUUCAAAAGGGCAAGCACACUAUCCCAUCAACUCCAUUAACGUUUUGAAGGCACAUGGUCGCAGUCAGAAAGAGAGCAUUCUUGUGAAUGGCUAUGCGUUGAACUGUGUUGUGGGCUCCCAAAGUAAGGUCACAUUCUUAUCAACAAAGCAAUAGAGUUUUGUGUUAGCAGCAAAGACACACAUGCACUUCCUUUUUCUGAGGAAUCCUAAAGUAUUAGUAGAUGGCAUAAAAUAUAGUUAACACUUCCAUUUAACGUGAAAGUAUGAUACUGAAUAAACGGUAGGAGACAUUUGGUCCUCUUCUGUGUCGGGCUGCAAUUCUGCACCCUCAUACCUGGUAGUAAGCCCUCUGAAUUUAGUGGGACUCACUUUUUAGUAGAUGUCUAAAGAUUUGUGGUGUAAAAGUGUAUCAACCAAUAAUGCAUGAUUUGAAUGGAUGGACACUGAUUUAGACUAGAGGGUUUAUGAACAGAGUGGGUUUGAAGAAAAUGAGUCUUUGGUGAAUAACGUUGUUACAAGAAUUACUAAUAGCACAUUUUAAAGAAUAUUCCUAACUUGAUUUUUAAAAAUAAUUUUGAAAUACUGUAUUUUAAUAAACAACCUAGGAUGUGUGGUAUGUUUUUUUUCCUUUUUAAAGGUAUGCCCAAGAGAAUAGUAAAUGCAAAGAUUGCAUGCCUUGACUUCAGCUUACAGAAGACUAAAAUGAAGCUUGGUGUUCAGGUUGUAGUCACAGAUCCUGAAAAACUGGACCAGAUUAGGCAGAGGUAUGCUGUGGGGGGAUACUUGGAACUAAAAUGAUAGUGUGUAUAUAUAGGUUUCAGGCUUGUCUUAGAUAGUGAAACAUGUUUAAAAAGAACCAGGGGCAAAUACGGAAUCUUAAGAAUUUUGAAGCAGUGUGUUCCAAACUGUAUCACUAUUCUUGGAAAGAAUCAGCUCAAUUCAAGUUGAUUAUAAAGAGCAGCAGCAGAUUUCUUUUAAUUAAGUGUUGGUGUGUGAAUCUAAGCUUAUGGCUAAUUUGAAAUCAAUUAAAUUAGUUUACCUUCCCACAAGUUUGCUUCCUCAUCUACCUGAAUAAGGAGCUCCAUAAUAUUUGUAAUUGUGUGCCAUAACUGAAAGCAGUAGAGCUGCCUUCUCAAACCUAGUGCCUUCCAGAUGUUUUGACUUCAACUUUUAUUAUCUGACCAGUGCUCAUGCAUGGAAGUUUUAGUGCUAGUAAUACCCUGGCGGGCACCUUACAAAAAAAGGCUGCAGUAGGGCUACAUCUGAUGUAGGGGUCUUUUUGUGGGGUCUAGCAAACUUUGCAUCAUAGAAUGGUAGAGUUGGAAAGGACCACAACGGUCAUCUAGUCCAACCCCCUGCAAUGUAGGAAUAUUUUUGUCCCAUAUGGGGCUUAAACCCAUCAUCCUGAGAGCAUAGGACUCUUAGCUUUACUAACUCAGCUAUCUCACAGGCUUAUGCUUCUGUCUAUUGCUAGACAGUUGGGUUUGGAUGGAAAAGUUGUAUACUUUAUUAAUUUACCAGUCUCUGAUAGCGGUGAUGCAUGUUCUGGUAACCUUCAAAUGAGACAAUUGUAUAGUAUGGAGAGCUGUCUUUGAAGAUGGUUUGGAAACUGCAGUUAAUCUGAGAUACAUCUGCAAAGAUUUUAUAUGGGACUGGGCAUUAUGAUCACAUGUCAAUUGCACAGGCGUCCAACUCAUUUCAAAAUGCUACUUUUGAUCUUUAAAGAUCUUUAGCAGAGGCCCUGUAUGUGUGUCUGGAAAGCAUUUUAUAUGAAAUGGAUAUUAAUAUAAUUGGGAAGAUAGAUCGCACAUUAAAUAACAGUUCGUUUUAUGGAGUAUUUUAUCUUUUCAACCACUAAUUUCAUAUUUGAGUUUGUUUCUGUUUAACUAAUGCAUGCCUACUCUCUCAUGCAGAGAGGCUGACAUCACUAAAGAGAAAAUUCAUAAGAUCCUGGCCACAGGCGCAAAUGUCGUUUUGACUACUGGUGGAAUUGAUGAUAUGUGUCUGAAAUACUUUGCGGAUGCUGGUGCCAUGGGAGUACGCAGAGUUCUAAAAAGAGAUCUUAAACGCAUCGCUAAGGCUUCUGGAGGUAACUACAGACAUCUCAGCUUAACAUCACAGCUUGCUGGUCUUGUUAGUAGUGAAGUUAAAUAUGUAGAAACACGUUGCUUACUGCCACUUGUUGGACCUUAAAAACCCAAAUACGAGAGGUUGUUUGGCACAAUGAAAGUUGCUUUUGUGAAGCAUACUAAAGGCCUUGUUUGUGUGUUGUUUUUUUAUAAGCUACUCUGUGUUCAACCCUGGCAAAUCUGGAAGGUGAAGAAACUUUUGAGGCAUCAAUGUUGGGACAAGCAGAAGAAGUGGUUCAAGAAAGAAUUUGUGAUGAUGAAUUAAUCUUAAUCAAGAAGUAAGAAUUAUUCUCUUGCAUAAAGUAUUGGCACCAGCAUAUUUUGCUACAUCUUUUGAAAUUUCAUGUUUGAUAGUUGCCAUGGUGCCUUUUUAAUUGUGUGAACAUUUAUAUGUGUGGGAUAGAUUAUUUUCAGUCCUCUGUAAUUAGUUUGAGACCAUGAAUUUUCUUGAUAAACCUGGACACAAUUCAGUUGUUGUUAACUACAUAAUGAAAAAUGAGUAACUCAAAAAUAUAGCUAAAUGGGGUUGGUUAGAUUAGCUAUUAAAUUUUUUGAUAACUAACUCAGGAAUAAGGACCUUUCACUUUGUCUUUCUGAAACAGUACUAAGGCACGGACUACAGCCGCCAUUAUAUUACGAGGGGCAAAUGACUUCAUGUGUGAUGAAAUGGAGCGAUCCUUGCAUGAUGCUCUUUGUGUUGUCAAAAGAGUAUUAGAGUCAAAGUCUGUGGUUCCAGGAGGUGGUGCAGUUGAAGCAGCGCUUUCUAUUUACUUAGAAAAUUAUGCAACCAGUAUGGUAAGUUUCUAGUUAAUAAAUGUUUGGAAACACUUCUGCCUGUGAACUUUGUUUUAUUGUAGCUUUGGAGUUCUUUUUUUCAGUUGAGAGCAGCCAUAAUUCACUUAAUAAUUGUUGAAAGAUGCAUUGGGAAUUUUUAAAUGUAAGAUUGAUUUUAAAAAUGGAUAGGUUUAUUCUGAAUACCUAUAUGGGAUCACUUCAACUAACUUUCAGCACAAUAGACUAUUGCUAAUAAGGCAGUGUUCUUUUGCAUUAUAGUUCUGAAAUGCUAAUAUAUAAUUCUUUUUUAAUUAGGGAUCACGUGAACAGCUUGCUAUUGCAGAAUUUGCAAGAUCGCUUCUGGUUAUCCCAAACACUUUAGCAGUCAAUGCUGCUCAAGAUGCUAUAGAUCUUGUUGCAAAACUCAGGGCAUUUCACAAUGAAGCUCAAGUGAAUCCAGAACGCAAAAACUUGAAAUGGUAAGUGUCAGUGCAGAAAGAAGUGGAAUUGUUUGUCACAAGCCCAAUGACAUAUAGCUAAUUCUAGUCUUAAUAUGCCAGCACUCAAUACAAAUCAUCUUUAAAAAAUGACUUAAGCCCUGUGUCUGUAGCGGCAGCUUUGCCAAGGUAGGUUUUUCUGGUGGUGUACUUCGUUCAGGUACAAGGUUGACAAAAAUGGAUAAAAGUUUGAGGAAGAGCACAGGAACUAAAUGUUGACUGGCUCUCGCUGUAUCAAAAAUGUUACAAAAUUGGGAUUAAAAGUUAGCUCUUCAUUUGGGAAUAUUAAACCAAUCUAAAGUUUAUGUACCUAUCUAAAACAAUUAACUUUGUUUUUAAAGGAUUGGUCUUGAUUUAAUCAAUGGAAAGCCACGUGACAACAAGCAGGCUGGUGUAUUUGAGCCUACUGUGGUUAAAACAAAGAGUCUGAAGUUUGCAACAGAAGCUGCAAUUACUAUUCUUCGAAUCGAUGAUGUUAUUAAGCUUCACCCUGAAAGUAAAGGUGAUAAAGGCGGAUGCUAUGAAGAUGCAGUUCAUUCUGGAGCAAUUGAAGACUAAAUGCAUUUUUAUUCCAACUGUUCCUGUAAAAGUCUUUGUAGUCUUGUAUGUACAAGUGUGUUAAUGAAGCUGUUGCACUUCUGCUUAAUUACUUAAAAUUAAAAAAUGGCUGUGUCCUCAUAUUUGUUCUGAUAUUUAAGCACGCAAUAAAAUGCAAGGUGGCUAAGAGCUUUUGAGGGCUUAAA